GAUCACGUGUCACCUCCAGUUGACUUCACGGGUCACAUGAUCAUGUAGGUUAUCCGCGUGCACGAUCAACUGUGUGCCCGCCUGUGAAGAUACUCUUUUCGUACGAGCCGGCACGAACGAAGCAUCUCCGAUAACGUCAUGUCCAGCAAGCCUGCGUACAAAGUUGCGGACUUGUCCUUGGCGGAAUGGGGUCGCAAGGAGAUCACCCUGGCGGAGAACGAGAUGCCGGGACUCAUAGCGAUCAGGAAAAAGUACGGACCCUCGAAGGUGCUGAAGGGCGCGCGGAUCGCAGGCUGUCUUCACAUGACUGUGCAAACAGCAGUGUUGAUUGAAACCCUGGUGGAACUCGGCGCCGAGGUACAAUGGUCGUCUUGCAAUAUAUUCAGCACACAGGAUCACGCAGCCGCAGCUAUGGCGAAGGCCGGAGUCCCGGUAUACGCAUGGAAAGGUGAGACGGACGAGGAGUACACCUGGUGCAUCGAGCAAACCUUAGUCUUCUCAGACGGCAAGCCGUUUAACUUAAUUCUCGACGACGGCGGCGACCUGACCAACCUCGUGCACGUCAAGUAUCCGCAGUACCUCACUGAAUGUCGAGGCUUAUCCGAGGAAACCACCACUGGUGUGCAUAAUCUUUACCGCAUGAUGAAGGAAGGCAUGCUCAAGGUGCCAGCGAUUAACGUCAACGACUCUGUCACGAAGAGCAAGUUCGACAAUUUGUAUGGCUGCAGGGAGUCACUAAUCGACGGCAUUAAGAGGGCGACCGACGUCAUGAUAGCCGGGAAGGUAUGCGUGGUGGCUGGCUACGGCGACGUUGGUAAAGGAUGCGCACAAAGUCUUCGAGCCCUCGGCGGUCGCGUCAUCAUCACGGAGAUCGAUCCUAUUAAUGCUCUGCAAGCGGCUAUGGAAGGAUACGAGGUAACGACGAUGGACGAAGCGUGCACCAAGGGCCAGAUAUACGUGACCACCACGGGUUGCAAGGACAUCAUCGGAAGUCGGCAUUUCGUCAAUAUGCCGAACGACGCUAUCGUUUGCAACAUCGGCCAUUUCGACUGCGAGAUCGACGUCACUUGGUUACAGAAGAACGCCGUGGAGAAGAUGAACGUGAAGCCGCAGGUGGAUCGAUUCCGGCUGGAAAACGGCAGGCACAUCAUUCUCCUCGCGGAAGGCCGUCUGGUAAACCUGGGCUGCGCGAUGGGCCAUUCGAGCUUUGUUAUGAGCAACUCGUUCACGAAUCAGGUGCUCGCGCAGAUCGAAUUGUGGACCAAGUCGGAUCAAUACUCCGUCGGUGUGCAUAUGUUGCCUAAGAAGUUGGACGAGGAGGUAGCGGCGUUGCACUUAAAUCACCUGGGCGUGAAACUUACGACUUUGACACCGGAACAGGCCAAGUACCUGGACGUGCCUGUGGAAGGACCUUACAAACCUGACCACUACAGAUACUAGCCACCAGAGUUCGUACGCGUGUACGAAGAUUUACGACGAAUCGCUGUGUAAGAAAAUAAAUUGUUUUUACUACACCUAUA